ACAAUACAUAUUUCUCAUUGCUUUGCUUGCUCCGCAACUGAGCAACACACCUCCAUUCUCCUUCUUCGUUUCGGCCAUUCCAAGGCCAAUUUCCACACAAACCCCAUAAAUUUUCACGCCCCCAUAAAGCCUCUGGCACUCACGGUGCACCAAUAUAAUAGUCAUCAAUUGUUCCCACCAUCAACUUCUGGUGAUUAAGAGAGAGGAAAGAGAGAAAGUGAAGAGCUUUUCAACAAUAAAUACUGUUCCAAGGCUUAAUAGUGAUUUUUCUUGUCUGAUGGCUCUUCACUGUGGUGCUUUCUGCUUAAAAAGUGUGGCUUCUCACCCUCCAGGUUCAGUCAAGUUCAGUCAACCCUCUGUCAAAGCUUCAGCCUUUUCUUGCCCUCUUUCCCCUCCCCUUGUCCGAUUGAAUAUCAAAGGUAAUCGAGUUCUGGGAAAGGCAUUUCCUGGUGAUGGGACACCUGAAACAAAGGAAUCCCCUCUGGUGGUUUGUUUCGGGGAAAUGCUCAUUGAUUUCGUCCCAACUAUCAAUGGCCUUUCUUUGGCUGAUGCACCUGCAUUUAAAAAGGCUCCAGGAGGUGCCCCUGCUAAUGUUGCGGUUGGCAUAGCUCGAUUAGGAGGUUCAUCAGCUUUUAUCGGGAAGGUUGGGGAGGAUGAAUUUGGAUAUAUGCUAGCUGAUAUACUCAAGGAAAAUAAUGUAAACAAUGAAGGGAUGCGUUUUGACCCUGGUGCACGUACUGCUUUAGCAUUUGUUACACUGAGGAGUGAUGGAGAACGAGAGUUCAUGUUUUAUCGUAAUCCCAGUGCUGAUAUGCUGCUCCAAGAAGAUGAACUCGAUUUGGACUUAAUCAGAAAGGCCAAGAUCUUCCAUUAUGGUUCUAUAAGUCUUAUAACAGAACCGUGCAAAUCAGCACACAUAGCUGCAGUAAAAGCUGCAAAAGAUGCUGGUGUAGUUCUGUCUUAUGACCCUAACCUGAGGCUUCCUUUAUGGCCUUCUGCAGAUAGUGCUAGAGAAGGAAUUCUGAGUAUAUGGGAGACUGCAGAUAUCAUUAAGACAAGCGAAGAAGAGAUUUCUUUUCUAACAAAUGGUGAAGACCCAUACAAUGAUGCCGUUGUUCGUAAACUAUUCCAUCCAAACCUCAGGCUACUCCUUGUUACUGAAGGUCCAGAUGGUUGCAGGUAUUACACUAAGGAGUUCAGUGGUAGAGUCGAGGGUUUGAAGGUAGAUGCUGUUGACACCACUGGUGCUGGUGAUGCUUUUGUGGCCGGAACAUUAUUGCAAUUAGCUGAGGAUCUUUCAUUACUUCAGAAAGAGGAAAAAUUGAGAGAUUCUCUCAAGUUUGCGAAUGCCUGUGGUGCAUUGACUGUGACCGAGAGAGGAGCAAUACCAGCUUUGCCCACAAAGGAAGCUGUUCUGAAUGCCAUGCUCAGGCCCGUAUCGUAACCCUGCAGCCCAAUCUCUAAUCAUGCGAGGAUAUUUGUUUUUUUUUAAAUUUUUUAUGGUAAAUUCUUAGGAACUCUGUGAGCUAAUGCAAUAAAUAAGAACUAACUGUUUCAAUAAUUUGCUCAGUGUAAGCAAAUUCUAUCUAGCAAUCUAGUCCACCAUUGGGUAAUGGAGAAUCGUUCUUCAUCCAACAUUAGUUUAUAUUUUUCUCGAUAAUUUGCAAAGUGUCUCCUAUUCAGUUCAUAUGGUUGCAUAUUGAACUUGACCUACCAGGCAAAAUCUUUUCUAGCAAUCUAUCAUGGAGUUGCAUAUUGCUAUGUCCAAUAUCAGUACUCUUGAUAACCCAUGAUAUUAUGUCAA